AUGAUCGGGUCGAGUGCAGAGCUCAGGAACGGGGCAAUGUGGAUGCCGAUCGGUCCCUACGAGGGAUGGCGAGCCCCUGGGGGGCUUGAACUUGACACCAUGCAGUACAACCACAACAACGUUCCCACUCCCCCCCCUGCUGGAGAUUCCAUGCGGGAAAUACUUCUCUGUAACACCAUUGGCUUCGAAACAUCCUCGGCCAACGGAAAAUGGCUGGACGAGAUGUGCUCGGACCACCAUCUCCGUGAGGCACACGCAUCCACCACCCAUCAUGGGACGACGACGCUGCAGGGCACUAUCUGCUCGGCUUCGCUCAUACUUCGAUCUGACUUUGCCGGUGUGUUGCGUUUGGGCCCCUGCAUGUGUGUUCACCGGGCCGAAGCAACCGUGAGGACUUUCGAUGAAAAGAGUCACUACAAUGACUCUGUAGAGUUGCUCGUCGGACUCCUAUCCAUCUGCCUUCUGUCGGUUGAUCUUACCCCAGUCACUGCGCUGCUCGUCUCGAGUAGGCAGCGCGUCAACACAUUGCCAGGUGAAUCUGAUAUGCACCAUCCAUUCAUGCUCAGUGAACGCAGACAGGCCGAGGCACUGGCCAAGUUCCCUGACAAAGUCAAAUUAGAGUUGUCAAAUCUCCGUCUGCCUGACCAGUUGCGUGUGACGACGUGA